CAGCUGACGUCACACCCGUUCCACCCCGUCGAUUCAGAGAACACACUGGAAACGGAGCAACCGAAAUCAUGCCGUCCUCUCCCAACAUUAGCGAGUAUCGUAUUGUUCUGCCCAUGACAGUAGAAGAGUAUCAAGUUGGUCAGUUGUGGUCUGUGGCAGAAGCCAGUAAAAAUGAAACAGGUGGAGGAGAGGGAAUUGAAGUAAGAGUGAAUGAACCAUUUGAUGAGAAUAAUUACCCCCCAGAGAGCCCCUUACUGCCACUGACACCUGGUGGAGAACCCUUGACUAAGGGACAGUACACCCACAAAAUCUACCACUUAGCCAGUCGAGUCCCAGCAUUUAUCCGACUUAUAGCACCGAAAGGAUCUCUAGAAAUUCAUGAGAAAGCAUGGAAUGCCUAUCCAUAUUGCAGAACCAUUGUCUCUAAUCCUGACUAUAUGAAGGAUGGGUUUUACAUCAAGAUAGAAACCAUGCACUGUCCAGACAGAGGCACUCAGGAAAAUGUACACCAACUGCCUCCUGAUGAUCUCAAGAUCCGAAAAGUGGAGAAUAUAGACAUAGCUAAUGACCCAGUCAGGUCUGCUGAUUAUAAACCAGAGUGGGAUCCAAAAUUAGUAAAGUCUGAAAAAACUGGACGUGGACCAUUACAAGGAGAAUGGAAGGAUACUUGUACACCAGUGAUGUGCUGUUAUAAAUUAGUGUCUGUCAAAUUCAAGUGGUUCGGUUUACAAAACAGAGUAGAAAAAUUUAUUCAAACACAAGAGAAAAGAAUAUUUACAAACUUCCACAGACAGGUGUAUUGUUGGUUAGAUAAAUAUCAUGGUCUAACGAUGGAUGACAUCAGGCGGAUAGAAGAACAAACUAAGAAGGAACUAGAUGAGUCCCGAGCUACAGGCCAGAUCCGGGGAACAACAGCUGCUGAUGAGAAGGAGUGAUGUCAUCUGAGUCAUUAGUCAUUCCAUUAGCCAUGACAGCACCAACUGGACAACAUUGCCCUCAGACAAAACAGGCCACUUUUUAUCAUCAGUUUUUGGACAGAGAGAUUGUAGUGUAUUUUUUCACAGGACCCAUUUUUUUCUGAUGAGAUUUUUACUUGUUAUGAUAUUUGAGAUGUCAUUUUCUAUAAAAGACUCAUUUUAAUUUCAUGGUUAAUUUUCCUAUGACUAAUUAAAGGUUGUAGAACUGUUUGUUUGUCCAUAAUGAGGUUUUCUCCCUUUGUAAAGUGCAAAGGGAGAUAACCCCUGCAUUCUGUCAUGUGCUCAUUUGUUAUGAUUUUAUUAUUUAUUGUAUAUUAGGCUUUUGAAUGCACCAGAUAACAUGAUUUUAUAAGAAUUGUACUGCUGCCAUAGAAGUUCAGAAAGAUAAUGAUAAUCUGUCCUCAAAUUCUCUUCUUACUUGUCUGCAUUUUUUACAUACAUAUCCAGGCUCUUAAAAUUUAAUAGUGUUCAAAUUCUUGUAAAUACAUGUACAUUCUUAAGUUUUGUUAGGUACACAAAGGAAAAAGGCUCAAUUUAUAAUGAUUUGUGGAGCAGGCUGGAAUCCUGUUCCGUUGUCGGUACUUCACAGUCUAUACAGUACAGAUCACUAUUGAACAUUAAGUGCAAUAAUGGAAUCUAUAUAUAUGAUUUACUUAGUGUUGAGAAAUCCCAAGUCAUGUCAUAAAAUUAAACAGUACACAAUAAUCAUGCAUCAAGAUUGAAGGAAAAGUUCUAUUAAAAGUCUGGAACAUUAUUCAAUAA